UUUGCUUUCUCAUCUUUCCACACAUCCCACCUUCAGCAAGAAGCAGCGAGGCUUCGUCAGCCAUCAAUCAUACCUCGACACCAAGCCAGUCCAGCCGCUCAACCGUCAACCGUCGAUUGCGCAGCUAGAGCUUCAUUUUCAAGCUCGUGUGACUAACUGUUCACUUCAACACCCAUAUUCUCGCCGGCCAGCAGCCAUUCUGCCCAAGUGUUUAUAGCUAUCCCAUCCGACCUCUGUGUCUGAAGGCAGUAUCACUCGGCUAUCCUUCUCCUUUGUCCUUCGCAGCCAUCCAAGUGCUCGUGUGACCGAACUUCACGUCAAAGGACCUCCGUGUCACCACCCUCGAGAAGAGCUUCAUACUCUGAACUUCAGUUGUUCCACCACCCUCGCAAGCGGAAAGAGAGGCGACCAAACAUCACUCCAUUCGCAUCUCUCUAAGCGACACACCGAUCAUGAAUAACUAAUAACCAGUAGGCCCCAGGUCUCUGGUUCAAAUUCCUCGCUUCAUUCCUGUCUUAUCUUAUCAAUUCAAUCAAACAAACCGUGCGCCUGGGAGAUGCCCAAUAUCUCAGAAAGUAUUGAUAGUGUGAUGGAAGGUGUCAAGGGGCUAGUUAAUAUGGCAGAAGGGUAUCUCGCCCCAGCAUCUGAUGAAGGAGAAGCUUCCGUCCCACCACCUCGACCCCAAUCUCAACCCCUACACAUACCUUCCACUCACCGCAACACCACAUCAAAAUUCGCUCUUCCACAACAGAGUCAACUUGUUCAGACUAUCGAUGUACCUUCCGGUUGGAUCCAUCUGCAAGCGGCGUAUCUUGAUGGGGAUGGUGGUCAACGGCAAGUGAGGCCGUUUGGAUUGAGAAAUCUUACAGAGGAAGAGGUGGAAGUAGAAGUGGAGAGUGAUUUGAAGCAGCUUUUGUUUUGGGCCUCGGAUGAUGAAAAGAGCAUUCCAUCUUCCGCAUCAUCAACAUCUUCAUUAUCUACCAAUGCCGGUUUACCUUCUCUCCAAAUAACCAUUCCCGCCUCUUCCACUGUCACCCUAUUCAUCGCAUUCCAACCUACCGUCUCCCUCCCCCCUUUCCCUUUGAACCCUCUUCCGCCUACUGGUACAAUUGAUGACGGAGGGUACACCCCUCGGGUCAAGCCGAUCCUUUCUCGCACAAAUUCAUUUGAAUUGUCGCCUGUUGGUUUAUCCGUGAGUGAUUCGACCGAGUCGGGUCAGAGUCUACAGAGUGUCGCCGGGAAUAUACGCGAAACCCAUGUUGCAAAGAGGCCGGAACCUAUCCACCGGGCAUUUUCUGUCCAUGGCUCGGUGUCUAUCCAAGCGAUCACCGCAACAUCUCAUCAGUCCAUCGCGCUUCCAUUUUUUGCCACAGUCUGUCGCUCAGUGUUUACCGCAGGCCCUAUCGAACCUGUAUCAGGACUUGUGACUGGUUCACAACAAUCUUCUGGUGAUUUGGUUGUCGAUUUUGGAAGUGAGAAUGUUAUGGGUAAAAAGUACCACCGGGAUAUCUUACUCGUCAAUCGAUCUGAAAUCGAACUGGUAUGGACAACACACGUGGUCAGUGCGCCGCACAAAGAUAGCGUCUGGUUCGAACUGCGCGAUUUAGACUCUGAAAAUGUGUUUGGGGUGGAUCACUCUUCACAGCCAGUACCUCUUCCUGCGUUGUCAAGCCGACAUCUCCGUCUAUCCCUCCGAUCGAAAGCACCCGUCAACGAUUUUGAAUUUUCUUUCCUCUUAUCCAACUCAAACCAAGCGGGUAAUAUCGUUACUUGCAAAGCUAUAGGGUCCAUCCUCCCCACUACGGCGGAUGACUCGCUCAAAAUUCUUUCAGGACCUACCCUCGACUUUGGUGAAAUCACAGAUAAAGUUUGGGCAAGGCAAACAAUUAGUGUGAGAAAUGUGGGAGAUCGGACGCUAGAUGUGCGAUUUGGGAAGAGUGAAGGCGUGGAAGUGGUCUUUAGGCUUGCGGGAGUGGCGGGAGAGGAUGUGGAUGAGGACUUGCCUAUCGAACGAUCGAUGGGUAUCUCGUCCGCCAAAGAAAAAGGGUUGGGAUUGUCGAGGACGUCCACGAGAGAGGUGGCGUAUCCUGCAGACCAUCCUCAUGUCCACUCAACGUCGUUGGAACAGGGGAAGGACGAAGGAGGGAAUGAGAAUACAGAGAAAUGGAAAGAAAGGGAAAUGUCGCAGUCUGGUGGCUCGAGGCCUCUGUCAAGGAUCACUUCUCGGACAUCUUCCAGCCACCAAGGGCCAUAUCAUCUCGAAGGGUUCGAGUCCGAAUCGGAAGAUGUCGAAGCGCCGUUCUUUGGAGGAGGAGGAGGUGGUGGUGGGACAGGUAGCGGUGGACAAGAUGGUCAACUCAGUUUGUUAGGGAGUCAUCCUCGGGUUAUGGCGUCUCCAACAAUUCCGGCUCCAACAGAGCAGCAGGUUAUCCCAAACCAAAUUGAGGAGAUUACUAUGCGUCCAGGGACUGAGUAUAGAAUAUCCGUCCUUCACCGUCCUGCUUCUCUCGGCCCUUCAGCCGCACCUGAAAUCGCAGGAACCUUGAGGAAAUCAUCAUUCAAAAUCUAUCUCGACUCCAUCCCUUCCUCCCUUCGCUCAUCCCACGCCACCCACACCUCUACUCGUCGAACCAUCUCGGCCACAGUGUCUUCCUGUACUUCUCUUAUCCGGCUAGUAUCGGGCAACGUUGUGGACUUUGGUCAGGUGACAGUUGGUGCGAGCAAGUCGACGACGAUAAAAAUUGAGAAUUUAAGUGAGCUUUCGACAAAGGUGGAGAUUGCUGCGAUGAGCAAGGUGUUGAGCGUGAAUAAGAGUGUGAUUGUGAUACCGCCCAAGGAGGUAGUAGAGGAAAAGAUGGAGUUUUUCCCGAGGAGGAUAAAUGAGAAAUAUGAGAAGCAAAUCUUCAUCAGAAAUCUUCUAAACCGCGCAAAUGAUCAACUGGUAGAAAUCAAGUCUCGUAACGUUGAUGUGUACAACCUCACUCUCCAUUCACAUCUAUACCGAAUCCUCACUCCUUCCGGGUCCAAUUUCCUCGAUUUCGGCUCUGUCGUCAUCAACUCUCCAACUGUUCGUAUCAUCAACAUUGAAAACCUCUCUCGAGCGCCUCUAGUUCUUGACCUUUCUGCUUCUCAACCGGAAGACAUUGAGCUUUUUGUCAAAGCUGAAGACUCCUCGGCUGCGAAAGCUCUGGCUUCGGGCAAAUACGCUGAAGAAGCUCAAUCGUCAUCUCACGGAGGUGAGAGGCCAGGCGGUACUGGAGAAUUAAAAGAGAGAUUCAUGGAAGAGCUGAAUGAAAAGAGCUCGAACGGAGGGAGUAUAAAAUCAAAGAAGGGAAGGGAGAAGAACGGUGGUCGAGCCAAGGAGGAGAACGGAGAGGAAAUUGGGGGAAAGAAAGGCAGUAUUGCCGCAAGUGUGGCCACGGCACUGAAGAAGGGCAGUAGAGGAAAACCCGUUCAAUUGUAUGGCAACUCGGUUGUCUUCAAAGAUCGAAGUCUUCUUGAGCCUCACGAGUAUCUUGAUUUGGCGUCUGGUCCACCUGUUGCUGCCCAUCGAUCUUCCCCCCACUCCAAGCGCACCCAACUCCUUGAGUCUAUCGAGCUUGAAGACAAGUCCAAACUCUCGGGACAGCACCCUAAAGUCCCUAAAUUAGACUUUGCGGCGGGUGCAAAAGCAACUGGCGCGGUAGGUAAAGAGGGAAAGAAAAGGAGACAAGCUCAGGAGCACUCACACCAUCAUACUCAACAUCACUCUCAUCCCUCUCAAGCUAGAACAGCGCCCGGUACGGGUCAACACACGCCAAAAACCCCUGAUAAGACUAAGCCCCAUCUUGGGUCUUUUGCACUUAUCAACAGACUUCUACCUCAAGUCACAGAUGGUGGUCUCAAGUCGCCUGCGUUGACCGCCAAGCGUAUUGAGCCCCCACUUGACAACCCGCCGGCAGCACCUACAGACCCGUCGAAGAUGACUCCUGAUCAGCUGUUGCUUGCCAUAGAACAGCACGAUGCGAAGAAAUCUUCAAUGACUCACACGACCCUAGAAGAAGAAGAGGCAUUUGUGCGACGGACAAUUGCCUUGAGAAAGGAGUUGCAGAAUCUCAUCGCAAAUAACAGGCUUAUACCCGCUCAAACCCUGAGGGUCGCUCCUGGCGCAUCGAGAAGUUUGAUAGUCAUUAUGACUCCCAACUCUUCCAUCCGGCCGCAUAUUUCCACCCGCGCAAAGCGUGCAGAUUCUAGGAUCUUUAUCAAGCUUUUAGAGUUCGACAAGUCGCUGCUGAACUCUGCCAGAUCGGGUCCCGGCAUCACUCCCGGACCGGGAUCAAGAAAGCAACUGGGCGGAGAUCAGGAUAUGGAAGUGCUUGAGGGUGUCGAACUGCCCAUCAGGGAUUUAAUCAUCAGAAGUUCAUGUGUAAGGAGUGUGCUUGAAGUGCAACAGAGCUCGAUUAAUUUUGGCGCGUGUGACAAGGGUGAAGUCAAGAGCAAGACGAUUGUCAUCCACAACAAAUCGGAUUGUAUUGGUCUUUUCCGUCUUCGCACCUCCGGAUCUAUAGCUUCUGGUGAUCUCAAACUCGGGCUUGGCCGCUAUGGUGUUAUAUCCGCUUUCGGCCGCAAGCAGUUUGACAAUUUCUCAUUCACGCCGUCUUUGGUUGGGAAUUAUCAAGAGAAUAUUACCAUUGAGAACGUUCUUGAUAGCUGGAACGAUCAGCCGCUUGCCGUCAAAGCCACCGUGCGGAAGGUUCCUACUUUCAAAGUAGACCCUUUGAGCUUGGACUUUGGGGUAGUUGAAAAGUCGACCAGAAAGCCAGAGACAAAAGGGUUCGUCAUCACCAAUGUCUCCAAGCAUGAGCGAACAUUUGUCAUCUCUGUGCAAGAUCUUGUACCCAACAGUUUUGCCGAGAUUCACCUCAUUCAAGACGAAAAGGAUGCUGGAACAGCCCUUUCCAGGGUUGAAGAGGAAGAGCUCGAGGCAUUGCUUCAAAAGUUGAAGAUUGCGAGGAGAAAGG